UCUAACAAAGGCUUGAUUUCAAUAGAGGGGACUUUUUUCUGACUCACCCUGUAUAAAUGAUAAAUAUAUUAUAGAGCGAUACGUUCUUUCGGCUCGUCAGCACAUCGAUUUCCGCUUUCGUUCAUGAGAUGGUGAAGUAUAAUGCCUUUAAAUUUAAAAUUGCGGCUUGCGUUAAAAUCAGCAUGGCCUAACUCCUGCGCUCUUAAUGGUAUAUCAUCGUCUACUUUUUCCGAAAUGAUUUCCCUUGAACUCACUGUAUAGCCGUGAAUGUGUUUUUAAAAACAGUUGAUGUUAUGUAUCCUUAUCGUGAGCGAUGACUAUGAAUGAUGCAUCACUCUCCAGUCUGUUGCGCAUAAAUUCAGGAAGGAUACCCAAUGGGAAUCCAAGUUAAAGGAAGUCCUACGUUCAUAUAAAAGGUGUUAUUGUGUUUUAAUUGACUGCUUGUUGUAAUACGACCAGGUGUUUUCCUUCUGUUUUCUUUGCUACAAGAGUGUGUCCGUGGAGUUGGCGAUGUAGCUGUAUGCACGAAAUCAUUUUUGGCGACCGAUUUUUGACGGCGAAAUCUGGUGUUGAGACGAAAGAAGAAAUCUGAGAUUCUGAGGAAAGAAGCUGAAAUAUAUUCAGGAUUCAGACGAGGAGAAAGGUUUUUCAAUCGAUCUUGAAGUUUUUAAUGAAAACAAACUGUGAUGUAUUGGACGUGAUAUUUGAUGGCAUGUAUGUUUGUUUUGCGCUGAACGGAAAGGCUUGAAAGUUGAAAGCUUUAUAGCGAUCGCUGGAAUAACUGCUGUGUCGCAACCGCUUCCCUUAGGAGACUUUUUACUGAAAAGACUAUCGGUAUAGCAGGAGAAAGGCCUUCAUUUCAACACACUGGUAUUAAAGAACCGACAGAGCGACGCUUGAAAUUAAAAAGGACUACUAAAGUGCUUCAUAUCCGCCGACGUUCUUCGAAAGUUUCUAAAACUUUAUCUUCGUAAACGAUGAUGCCUUUUGAACACGAAUAAAGACCUUAGCAUGAAGUGAAACGAUCUUGUUUCGUGCAAGAAAGGACUGGCCAUCCAAGGCAGCUGAGCUUGUGGACAUUUGUUGUUCUUUUUGAAAUCUUCCGACAGAAAAACGACUUUUUUAUCUAUCAAGGUCUUUUUAGGCCAACCUGAAAUUGAAAAUUGUUUACCUUAUUGGACUUUGGAAGAAGCUUGAAAGACUACGGUAAAUAUCCGCUGGCAAAUUAAAAGUGGUGCUGAUAAUCACGGAAUUCAGAGCGGAUAAAGAAGACUCCUCAGGUGAUAUUGGAAUUUGGCGGCGGAGUGAAGCGGGAGAUUACUGACCUGUCUUUCCGCUGUCGACAUACACAAAAUCUUGGCGAAACCAUUUCUCACUUGUAAAGACAGCUCUCAUCAAUCGAUCUCGAUUGUUUAAAAACAUUUUGUCGAGAAAUUGUUGUUCGGCGGACUCUAAUCAAAAUAGCUAAUAUAAUCAAAACAUAAAAUAUCGACUGACUUUGCUCUCAAGACCUUAUCAAGAAUCUCGGGGUGCCUUGUUGAAAGAUUUAAAGCUGAUCUAUCUUUCUACAAUUUAUGCUGAACGUUCUUUGAAAGAUAUUGUAUUUAUUGACAAGGACAAAUCGUUAUUUUAAGCUGCUUCACCGAAACAUUUCAGCGCGAACCUUCUAUAGUAUCGUCAGCGAAGACUUGGUCUCAGAUUUUGGAAGAAAAUAACGGAAAACUUAAAUCGAUUUUAUCAAGCGGUCACAAAGAUCUCACCAGGAAAUAUGACCAACCACAAUACAUCUUCUUCGAGCCUGGCAACCAUAUUACCUCCAAGCGCAAAACCUUUCAACAACAACUCAUUUACUUUUACGGAACAGUACAUCUUUCCCUUCUACGCUGAAGUGUUAUUCUAUAUAAUUCAAUGUGUCUUCGUGGUUUUUGGACUGUUUGGAAACGUUUUGGUUAUCCUAUCGGUUCAUCGUAAUCCCCAUAUGAAGAAGUCCAUAUCGAAUCUAUUUAUUCAAAAUUUAGCCAUUGCUGACAUUGGAGUUUUGCUUAUAUCACACACCUUUGUAUUGGCGCUGGAAAUCAGGAACUUUAAAUGGCCUUUUGGGGAGUUUAUGUGUCGGGUUAUCUACCCUUUAUCGGAUUCCUUUUACGGUGUGUCCAUCAUGUGCAUUGUAGCAAUAUCGUUUCAUAGGUACCGAGGAAUCGUCCACAUAAUGGGCUCUCAGUUAUCAAGGAGCAAAGCGCGUUUCAUCCUGGUAGGCGCAUGGCUCAUCCCUGUCAUAAUUAUCUCUCUUCCCCUCUGGAUUUACAUGCGUUUAAUACCGAAUGUCCCAUUGUGCGAUGUCGCUUGGCCCGACCAGAAGAGCAAUAUUGCUUACCUCAUAACACUCAACCUAUUAUUCUACGUAAUACCCUUGGCCCUGAUUGUAUAUUAUUACAUGCGAAUACGAGUCUCCCUUAAGGCUAGUUCAGGUUUCCACAGACAAAUGAGAAAGUCCUCAUCCCGAAGUGCAUUGCGAGGCGACCUCUCGAGGCAAAUACAACGGAACGCGAAGGCACUGCGCGUGCUCACGCCCGUUGUCAUCGUUUUUUUCGUGACCAUGCUACCGUUCACCGCGUUUCGUCUGGCGCUGGUAUUCGCGGACAUGUCACGAUUUCGUUACACGAGAACGCUGUUCUUUGCGUCCAUCAUAAGCGUACUAGGAAACAGUUCGGCGAACCCUCUGAUAUACACGAUUGUCAGUCCGGAAUUUCGGCGUUCCUUCAUGCAUUUCCUGGGAAUCAAGAAGGGAUUGAGAAGAGAAGGAACCUUUGAAAAGACGAUGUUGGCACCGAAGAAUACCGAGUAUUUUUCAACUUUAAACGGCAAGAUGGCUGGUCAAAAUGGACAGGAAGGAAGCUUUUAGCGCAUGCAAACCUUCGCAAUACGGUUUUGCAACCUAAAUGACGAAUUUCUGGAUCAACGGGGACCUUGGGUCGUUGAAAUGACUGAUAUAGUAUCUAUAUACUAUACAAUCUCUUCACAUGUACUGAUGUACAAUUGGCCUAUUACAGUGUCCCAAUGCACUUAGUAGACGUUGGUCAGCUAUGUAUUUUGACACUGAAAUAAAGUUUAUGUAUGUAUGUAUGUAUGUAUUCAGUAGUAGACGUAGUAUUCUGGAAAUAAUUUGGAUAUGGAACGCUGCGCUACUUGUAUUUUUCGGAAAGCUAUUAAGAAAUUAUUGUAUAUUGUUAUUAUUGUAUAUCAUGUAAAAACCAUAAAGUUAAUCGCAAACAAAGAUAAAAAAUAUACAA